AUGACCAGUACAGUGAGCCCCAGCACCACAUCUGAGGCCUCGAAGCUGCCUGCGAUGUCAGAUCGCAUCCAAAAUGCUGCUGACAUCUCUGUCAUUGUCAUCUAUUUUGUGGUGGUGAUGGUGGUCGGGCUAUGGGCCAUGCUGAAGACCAACCGGGGCACUGUUGGAGGCUUCUUCUUGGCUGGUCGAGAUGUGGCCUGGUGGCCGAUGGGUGCCUCCCUUUUUGCUAGUAAUAUAGGCAGUGGUCACUUCGUGGGACUGGCUGGGACAGGAGCAGCUUCAGGCAUCGCCACUGCAGCAUUUGAAUGGAAUGCCUUGCUGCUGCUGCUAGUUCUAGGGUGGUUCUUUGUCCCCAUAUACAUCAAAGCAGGGGUGAUGACCAUGCCAGAAUAUCUGAAGAAGCGCUUUGGUGGGAAGCGACUCCAGAUCUACCUCUCCGUUCUGUCCCUGUUUAUCUGUGUGGCCUUGAGAAUCUCAUCAGACAUAUUUUCUGGAGCCAUAUUCAUCAAGCUGGCCUUGGGAUUGGACCUUUACUUGGCAAUUGUCAUCCUUUUGGCUAUCACUGCUGUUUACACCAUCACUGGGGGCUUGGCCUCAGUGAUUUACACAGAUACCCUCCAGACCUUCAUCAUGCUCAUAGGCUCCUUUAUUCUCAUGGGGUUUGCAUUUGUCAAAGUUGGCGGUUAUGAGAGUUUCACAGAGAAGUACAUGAAUGCCAUCCCAUCCAUAGUCGAGGGUGACAAUCUGACAAUCAGCUCCAGGUGCUACACUCCUCAGGCCGACUCAUUCCACAUUUUCCGAGAUGCUGUCACUGGAGAUAUUCCCUGGCCAGGCAUGAUCUUUGGAAUGACUAUUGUGGCUGUGUGGUACUGGUGCACAGAUCAGGUGAUAUGUUUAAGUUCUCCAAAUCUUAGGCAGGUGUCUUCUUUCCUUGUGAAUCUACAACGUGUUUUUUUGUCCAGUGGUCAUGGGUUAUGGCUAUUUUGCCCCAGCUCAGUGAACUCCCCUCUGAACCUCUCCUCAGAUGAGGUGGCAUGCGUUGUACCUUCUGAGUGUAUGAAAUACUGUGGCACUGAAGUCGGCUGCACUAACUAUGCCUACCCAAUGCUGGUGCUGAACCUGAUGCCUGAUGGACUGCGUGGUCUGAUGAUGUCAGUCAUGUUGGCCUCUCUUAUGAGCUCCCUGACCUCCAUCUUCAACAGCGCCAGCACCCUCUUCACCAUGGACCUCUACACCAAGAUGCGGAAGCAGGCAUCAGAGAAAGAGCUCCUUAUAGCUGGACGGUUAUUUAUCAUCCUAUUAAUUGUCAUCAGCAUUUUGUGGGUCCCAUUUGUACAGAUAUCUCAAAAUGGGCAACUGUUCCAUUAUAUAGAAUCCAUUUCUAGCUACCUUGGGCCUCCAAUUGCAGCUGUUUUCCUUCUUGCCAUCUUCUGUAAAAGAGUCAAUGAACAGGGGGCUUUCUGGGGCCUAAUCACUGGACUCGUGAUUGGCCUUAUUCGUAUGAUCUCAGAGUUUGCCUAUGGAACGGGGAGUUGCUUGGCUGCCAGUAACUGUCCCAAGAUUAUUUGUGGAGUGCACUAUCUUUACUUUGCUAUCAUCCUCUUUUUUGUGACCAUUCUAAUUGUCCUGGGAAUCUCCCUGAUAACCAAGCCCAUUCCUGAUGUACAUCUCUACCGCCUAUGCUGGGCUCUGCGAAACAGUAAGGAGGAACGAAUUGAUUUAGAUGCAGAAGAGCAAAGACAGGAAGAAGCCGAUGAUGAUGUUGAAGAAGAUAAUCCUGAAAAACCUCGAGGAUGUUUCAAGAGGGCUUAUGACUUAUUCUGCGGUUUGCAGAAGAAAGGCCCCAAGUUGACCAAAGAGGAGGAAGAAGCUCUCAAGAAGAAGCUGACAGACACAUCUGAGAAGCCUUUGUGGAGGACUGUAGUGAACAUCAAUGCCAUCCUUCUCCUGGCAGUGGCAGUCUUUUUCUAUGGCUUCUUUGCCUAA